CAUUGAUGAUCAUUUCCUGUCGGUAGAGAGUGAGUGGAAAACGUUCAUGGAUUCUGUGGUUACUCCUUGGAACGUGUCUGGAAUAAUUGACUAUGAUAAACUGAUCGAGCAGUUUGGUUCUCAAAAGAUCGAUUCCGAGUUGUUGAACAAGAUGGAGUCGUUGACAGGUCGACCUUUACAUCCUUUUUUGAGACGUGGUAUUUUCUUUUCGCAUCGAGACUUGCAAGAGAUUCUUCAACUUUAUGAAAGUGGCACUCCGUUUUAUUUGUAUACAGGUAGAGGGCCUAGUAGUGAUGCUUUGCAUUUGGGACAUAUGAUACCUUUUCUUUUUACUCAAUACUUGCAAGAGGCGUUUCAAGUACCUUGUGUUAUUCAGUUGACUGAUGAUGAAAAGUUUCUUUUUUCAAAAGAUAACAGUAAGAAACUGGAAGACUAUCAACGACUAGGUUGGGAAAAUGCCAAAGAUAUUUUGGCUGUAGGAUUCGAUUGUGAACGUACUUUUAUAUUUCGUGAUACAGAUUAUAUAGGAACGAUGUACCCCAACAUUCUCAAGAUUCAAAAAGCAGUGACUUACAAUCAAGCUAAAGCCAUAUUUGGUUUCGAUGACAGUGACAAUAUCGGAAAACAUGGCUUUCCAGCAGUACAAGCAGCGCCAUCCUUUUCAUCUUCCUUUCCACAAUUGUUUGGUUCACAAACCAAUCUUCCUUGUCUUAUUCCUUGUGCAAUUGAUCAGGACCCGUAUUUUCGAAUGACAAGAGAUGUUGCACCCAAGUUGGGUUAUCGGAAACCUGCUUUGAUUCAUUCCAAGUUCUUUCCAGCGUUACAAGGAGAGAAUACCAAAAUGAGUGCUUCUAUGGCACAUACCGCAAUUUACGUGUCAGAUACUGCCAAACAAUUGAAAACCAAAGUAAAUAAAUACGCAUUUUCGGGAGGAGGUGCAACAAUAGAAGAACAUCAAAAACACGGUGGCAAUUGUGAUAUCGAUGUAUCUUAUAAAUAUUUAAGUUUCUUUUUGGAAGAUGAUGAACAACUCGAAAGAAUACGACAAGAGUAUUCUAGUGGUAAAAUGUUGACAGGUGAAAUCAAAGCCAAGCUUAUUCAAGUAUUACAACCCUUAUUAGAACGCCAUCAACAAAGAAGAUCUCAAGUUACCGAUGAAAUGAUUCGCAAAGUUAUGACACCAAGACAACUCUCCUUCUAAGCAUGACGCAUUCUUCUGGAUAGUCUCCAGUCAUUUUGGUUUUGUGCGUAUCGAUCAAACAAAGGUUCGAUUUUCUCCUUUCGUUUGGUACGAGAAACCUUAUUGGGAUCUGCGGUCUUAAAGUAUCGAGGAGCCAAUUCAACCAACCAUUUGCUUUCUAUAGCCAACACUUCUCGCAUAUAUCUAAGUUUACAAUAAAAA